UAGUACUUAUUUAUUAAGAGGGGAAGUUCUAGGGUUUUACUUCUGUUACAGAAAGAAGUCUCUAGAAGACUUAUACAUACAUAAAUACAGAAAGAAAGAGAAUCAGAGACCAGAGACAGAAAGAUGGGCAGGCCGAGGUGUUACUUGGACAUAAGCAUAGGAGGAGAGCUUGAAGGGAGAAUCGUGGUAGAGCUUUACAACGACGUCGUUCCUAAAACUGCUGAGAAUUUCAGAGCACUUUGUACUGGCGAGAAAGGCAUUGGCCCUAACACUGGUGUUCCACUCCAUUACAAGGGAUGUCCAUUUCAUCGAGUUAUCAAAGGUUUUAUGGUGCAAGGAGGAGACAUCUCUGCAGGAGAUGGUACCGGUGGUGAAUCGAUUUAUGGCUUGAAGUUUGAAGAUGAGAAUUUUGAAUUGAAACAUGAGAGGAAAGGCAUGUUAUCCAUGGCCAAUGCUGGUCCAAACACAAAUGGAUCACAGUUCUUCAUUACAACAACACGCACAUCUCAUUUGGAUGGAAAACAUGUUGUAUUUGGGAAGGUUGUUAAAGGAAUGGGAGUUGUUCGUUCAAUUGAGCAUGUCACAACUGGUGAUGGUGAUUAUCCUACUGUUGAUGUUGUAAUUGCGGAUUGUGGGGAGAUCCCUGAGGGGGCAGAUGAUGGGAUAUCUAAUUUUUUCAGGGAUGGUGACAUUUAUCCUGAUUGGCCAGCUGAUCUUAGUGAGAGUCCUGAUGAACUUUCCUGGUGGAUGGAUGGUGUGGAUUCGAUCAAGGCUUUUGGAAAUGACCACUAUAAGAAACAAGACUUUAAGAUGGCUCUUAGAAAAUAUCGCAAGGCUUUACGCUAUUUGGAUAUCUGCUGGGAGAAAGAUGGGAUUGAUGAAGAGAAGAGCUCAUCUCUAAGAAGGACAAAGUCACAGAUAUUCACUAACAGUGCUGCUUGUAAGUUAAAAUUGGGUGAUCUGAAAGGAGCAUUGUUGGACGCAGACUUUGCUAUGCGUGAAGGAGAUAAUAAUGUGAAAGCUUUGUUCCGCCAGGGGCAGGCACACAUGGCUCUUAAUGAUGUUGAUGCUGCUGUUGAAAGCUUCAAGAAGGCAUUGCAGUUGGAGCCAAAUGAUGCUGGAAUAAAAAAAGAGCUUGCCGCUGCUUGGAAGAAGAUUAAUGAUAGACGUGAUCUGGAAAGAAAGCAAUAUCAAAAAAUGUUCCAAUAACAUUUACAUGGCAACUGGCUGCUGAUUCCUUAAUUGAGCAAAGCUUCAGAUUCAUUGUGCUAUUUCAUAGGGGUUGGUGGACUCGACUGGUUCAGGCUUUUUUUUGUUACAAAACUCUGUUAUUCUGGAGUGAAUAUUCGGUUUUGUUUAGAGAGCAGGAUAAUCUUAGCAAAGGCAACUGUACAAAUCAGAGGCUUGAACCAAUUCUUAUUAUGUAAUUUCAAUUAGGGGGGUAGGUUUAGUAAGAGUUGAAACUGGUCAAUUGCCAUUUGAUGGACAUGAUCUUUUCAUGUUCAAGGAAACAUUGAAAAUAAAAUAGACGUUUUUUUGGAAUUUUACUGUUUCAUCUGUCAAGAAUAUUGCUUUUGAUGUUGUAUACUCAGUGGCUCAAACUGGCUACAAACUUUUAAUUUUGUCAAAUAUUAAAUCUGUUGGCGGCUAAUGUUCAGCCUUAUUGUUUCUUGUUC